AUGGCGAACCAAGAUCCAAUGGACCAAGAAACUCUAGAGCUUGCUGCGGAAAAAGAAAGAAAUCUAGUGGCUAGAUUGCCUCCUUGUUCCGAGUUGCUAGCAAAAAUUUGUAUUCUAAAGGCAGAGUUUUUCCUCAAACAGCAACUCAACAACCACAAUGCCUCGAUGCCAAGUUAUGACGGCUUCAUCAAAGUCGAUAUGAUCCUCAGUGUCCUGGGAGCAUUCAAAGAUCAGUGUCAGCCAGGGAACAAAGAACUUGUGAAGCGGACUUUGGUACUCGCUGAAGAAUUGGCUAAUGAGAUAAAAUCCCUUGAUAAUACCAAGAAGAUAACUAUGUUUCUGGGAAAACAUUCACUUUUGCUGUGGCUUUUAAGGAUCGUCUCUUUCAAGUCUGAAUCAUCUUUAGCAGAGUUAUUGAAGAGUAGGGGUUCUUCCAUAACUCAUAUGAUGGAUCAUAUUCAGCACCUUGUAAAGGAGCUUACAUAUUUCAAAGGCAUUUUUUACAAACUAAGCUGCAAAAACAUAAGUAAGCUUCUGAAACAUGAUCUUGAAUCAAUGACACCAGUGAAGCAUCACAUUGUGGAAGUUGUGAUUUAUCUAAAGUUAUUCAAAUCUUUCCUUGUGCAAGUAAAAGAUCCAGAUAUCGAGCUGGAGGAAAUGACGGAUCUCGCCAAACAAAUCAUAGAUGCCGCAUACAAACUAGAGUACGAUGUUGAGACGCUUAAGCUCAAACAAGGGCGAAUUGAAGUUUUUGAUGCAUUCUUGCCUCUAGAUACGUGGAAAUCGUUAUUUGAAAGAGAAAGAGAAGCGAGUUUGGAAAACGUGUCAUUUGGUGGUUUUCGAAGGGAGGAACGUGCUAGUACUUCUCGAAACCGUGAUGAAGAGGAGACACCUUCAUUUGCACAAAAUGACUACCGGGAAGAGUUGGAUUCCGACUACAUAGCUCCAAAUAAAAGCGAAGAAGACUGUGAUGUCUCCGGAGAGAGUGAUUUUGAAGAAAGUGAUGAUGAAAGGUUGGAAAAUGAGGAAAGGGAUUGUAAUCUAUUCGCCCGACGCCAUGUAUAUAGUAAGAUGGGGAACUGGGAUGCCUCAUGUGUAGACAAGGAUGAGUUUGCUCUUAAGAUGUGGAAUGAGACGCCCGAAGGAAUGGACAUUGGUGUUUGUUUCAAAUCUCAAUCGGAAGCAAAGCAUGCUGUCAAAUUAUGGAACAUCCAUCAUAAAAGGGAAUAUACGGUCGCUGCGAGUAGUCCAAGGACGUGGGCUGUGCGGUGCAGAACAUUUAAUGUGGAAAGUGAGGAUGGUGAACCACCAUGUGAGUGGAAGAUGCGUGUGUCAUUGAAAGCUCACGGCCUUCAUGAAAUUGUGAGAUGGCAUGAUGCACAUAAUUGCAUGACUCCUGUGAAUGAUAAUGACAAUCGGUAUAUCGCUGCGCUUAAGUUUACUAAUCCUGAGACUGUAGUAGAGUGGGAAUGGAAGGAGGGACAAGAAGGGUUGUUGAGCGCAAUGUCACAGAUGGAUGAAUGGCGUGAUUUAGGUGAUGGUGGGCACUUUCUUUGCCUCCGCCACGUUCGCAGCAAUCUUGUGUCGCGAUAUAAUAGCAAAAAGGUGAAGCGGUUAUGUUGGAAGAUGGGCACGACGCUUUCAAGAGUGAAAUACAACCGUAUGAGGGCAGAGCUUAUUGAAUUCAAACCUGCUGCAUGGGAGUAUCUUCGGGGGAUUGGAGGGAGUAACUGGGCUCGAUUGAAAGCCACUCUUCGCCGUUGGGGGAUAGCGACAACCAACAUUUCUGAGAGUUACAACAAUGCGUUGAAAGGGAUCCGUUUUUUACCAACAGGAUACCGGACAUUAAAACAUUCUGCCUCAAGGGCCGUAGAUGAGAUGGGCCGUGCACUACCUGAAAAUUCCACUGUCCAUCGAUUCGAGCAAAGGGCCAGGACACUUACACUGCAUUUUAUUAGCAGUUUCAUGUUUCCGAACAAGACGCAGAACACUGUCAAUCUACAGUUCUUGGCCCAGGUUGAGGAUUUGGAUCAGUGUAGUCGAUACAGUUGGAGAUCGGCACUGCUGGCUGGGUUGUACUCUGGACUAUGCGAGGCAUCACAGUAUACCAUGAACGACGCCACUGGGUGUCUAUAUUUGCUACAGGUAUGGGCGUAUGAGCGGAUCGAGAGGAUCACGCCCCAAAGAAAAGGAGUAGAUUAUUUGAUUGAUGAGACCGCUCCAUUAGCUCAGCGGUACACGUACGGCGACGCCCCAAGGAGCAGCACUCCACCUUUUAGAGAUCAAUUAACAAAUCUGCGUGUUAAAGAUUUUCGGUGGCAACCAUAUGCACAUGUCCUCCAUAGACUCCCUGAUUUCUGUACACAAGGCCAAGCCAUUUGGACGACUAGGUGUUGGAUGUUCUGUUGGGCUAUUAGGGAACCCCACGAGUCGGGCAGAGUCGUACGACAAUUUGGAUACAUACAGGAUGUUCCCAAGCACCCCAUGAUUAAAGAUAACGCAGCAUUCCUUCUCGAUCACGCCCACAGUAUGUCUGGGUAUCCUAGCAAUAAUUGGGAGGAUCACCAUUCCGCAGUACGCCGUCAUUGGAAUAGGAGAGAAGAGUUCGUGCUACGAGAUUUGGAGGAAGGAGAUCCUAGUUCCGUAUAUGAGGGGUACUAUGAAUGGUUCAUGGUGAACACUGUCAGACUGAUAUCCAAUCCCGGUAAUUAUGAACCUCAAGGAUACGAGACUUCUUCGAGCCGCGUGAAAUUAUAUGGUGAAGUAUUGAACAACAUUCGCGUGAGUACUGAGAGGUUUAGAGAAAAACAAGAAGAUGAUAAUCUCCUAGACGAAGAACUUGACAAACAUUUGGACGAUAUCAUCAAUCAAAUGAUGAGAUGGAGGUGGAUGAUACCCAAAUCCUGGUUGAUGAAGAUCCAUUUUUGCGCUCACAACCUCCGCCGGGUAAAAAAGCGAAACCGUGGUCAAGAGAUAAGAUUGGAGGAGGAAGAAAGAGAAAGAUCCAGGAAUGCCAUUGAUGGUGAAAAUGGAUAA